CCUGGGGUCGACGUCCCGAGGCGGAUCGUCUCCGACCCAGCGAGCGACCACUUUGGGGAGGAGGUGAGCCUGGAGCUGAUCACCUCGGCGGAGCGGUUCAUCAGCCGCGACGCGGUGGCCCUCGCGAUGCUGCCCGACGCCGAGGGCUGGGUCACCGCCGAGAACGCGCAGCUCAGCGACGAACCGGACUGGAAGGCGGAGAAGAGGGCCGGGCCUGGCAGGGGCCGCCGCGUGCUGCCGCAGACGGGCGCGCCCGCGCAGACCGUCUCGUUGGCGCAGCUGGCGGCCCUCCUGAAGAGCGUGGGCGUGGAGGACUGGCCCUUCGAGGGGCCCAGGGCCCUCGUAGAGUUCCUGGCCGCGGUGGUCUCGUCUGGGCACUCGCUCUCUUUGUACUGGGGCUUCUGGGUGGCCCAAUCUGGGGUCUCGCGCGGCAGCGCCGUGGCCCAGGAGCUGAAGAACAUCGUGGAGGUUCUGCAUCAUGCGCUGGUCUUCGACGCGCUGGAUGUCUCGAACCUCGCCUCGUUCGAGCUCCUGAGUCGGCGGGCCCUCCAGAUCCAGAGGGCGGUCAAGCGCUGCCCUCGCCACCCUUCCUUCGAGGGCUUAGAGCUGAUGGUCUCGAGCCGCCUCGACGACUCGGGGGGCGCCGUCACGACCAAGUUCGACGCGUGGGUCGCGGACCAGCAGAAGGCGAGGGGCACGGUCCUCAAGCAGGAGAGGAUGUACCGGGGGGAGGCCGACCACGAGGACAAGAAGUACCGCAACGAGCAGAGGGACGAAGCCAGGACAGGGGGCGCCGACAUCGCUCAAGAGUCGGCGCUCAGGCGCAUCCGCCGUCGGAUCGCGGGCGCUGGAGCCCUCCAGGAGCUCCUCAAGACCAGGGGCGUCUACGGCGGCCUCGACGCUUCCACGACUGUGGUCGAUUUUGACUCGAGCCGCCACAACAUCCCGCGCAAGGAACAUUUCUCCGCGCCGCUCGACGGCGUGGCCCCCCAGAGCGUCACGGACGCGCUGGACAAUUUCGACGCGACCGUCGCCCGCCCGCUCGCCGAGCUGCCAGAGGACGAGCCGCUGGCGCAGCCGUACUGGGACCCGCAGCUCGACCCGCGCCGGCGCGGCACGCGCCUGGCGCUCGUGGCAUUUCUUCGUGCGCUGGCUCUCCGAGGGCUCGUUGGAGCUCGGGCCCGUCGGAAGUCGUGCAUCUCAGCCUUUUUCGCUCGUCAGAAGAACGGUGGCCAGAGAAUGGCGCUGGAUGCCCGGCAGGCCAACCAGCUGCAGCGCCUCCCCCCCAAGACCGCGCUGGCCUCAGGAGAGGCACUCGCGGCGAUCAACCUUGUGGACGCCGCCGACCUCAGCCCCGACGACCUCAGGCUCGGUGGACCUACUUAG